ACACCGCCCACCUCCAGACGCUUCUGGCCCAGGUAAGCCCUCAUUUCGCGACCCAAUCCUCUGGCCCGCUGCUCUCACUGCUGCCUCCCCGCGAACCUAGGGCCUGCCCUACAAAUACCCCACACUUGCUCUUUCCUCGAUUCUACCAACACAACAAACAAACACCUCCCUCACCACCACCACCACAACAACAACAACGCUACUACACCACCACUCCACUCCUCUUCUCCCACUUCUUUAUUACUUGACCUGAGCUCCAUUAACACUCACUUGUUCAGUUCUACCACUUCAAUCCUCACCUCCCCUCACCUACUACAACAACAACUACAACAACAACUACAACAACCCACACUACAAAACAUGGCCUACGACAAGAAGGCAGUCCACUUUGGCGGUGGCAACAUUGGCCGUGGCUUCGUCGCCGAGUUCCUGCACAACUCUGGCUACGAGGUCGUCUUCGUCGAUGUCAUGGACAGCAUCAUCGAAGCUCUCCAAAAGCAAUCCUCAUACACCGUCACCGAGAUCGCCGAGGAUGGCGAGCGCGAGUUCACCAUUGACCACUACCGUGCCAUCAACUCAAAGCACGAGAUGGACAAGGUCGUCCAAGAGAUCGCCUCCGCUGAUGUCGUCACCUGCGCUGUCGGCCCCAACAUCCUCAAGUUCGUCGCUGAGCCCGUUGCCAAGGCCAUCGAGGCCCGCACUCUCGACUACCCGCUCGCUGUCAUCGCCUGCGAGAAUGCCAUCAACGCCACAACUACCUGGAGGGGCUUCAUUGAGACCAAGCUGAGCGAAGAGACCAAGAAGAACAUCGACAACAAGGCUCGCUUCGCCAACUCCGCCAUCGACCGCAUUGUGCCGCAGCAGGAGCCCAACGCCGGCCUCAACGUCAAGAUCGAGAAAUUCUUUGAGUGGUGCGUCGAGGAGCCGCCAUUCGCCAACGGCGGCAACAAGCCCGCGAUCAAGGGCGUUCACUACGUCUCCGACCUCGAGCCCUACAUUGAGCGCAAGCUCUUCACCGUCAACACCUCGCACGCCACUGCCGCCUACUACGGACACCAGAACAAGCUGACCUACGUGCACGAAGUCCUCAAGGACAAGAAGCUCCACGACAUUGUCCGCGACACGGUCCAGGAGACUGCUCAUUUGAUCGUCAACAAGCACGGUGUGACCGUACAAGAACAGAACGAUUACGUUGACCAGAUCAUCGAGCGUAUUUCCAACCACAUUCUCAAGGACAAUGUCGAACGUGUCGGCCGUGCACCCCUUCGCAAGCUGUCCCGCAAGGAGCGCUUCAUCGGCCCUGCUGCCCAACUUGCUGAGAAUGGCGAGAAAAUCGAUUCGCUUCUCGGUGCCAUCGACCAGGCUUACCGCUUCCAGAAUGUCGAGGGCGACGACGAGUCCUUUGAGCUCGCCAAGAUCCUCAAGGAGAACUCCGCCGAAGAUGUCGUCGUCAAGGUCAACGGUAUCGAGAAGUCACACCCUCUCUACGAGCGCCUCGUCCCGAUCGUCAAGAAGGUCCAAGAGAGUAGCUGAAGGUCCGCCGGCAAGCUAUGAAUUGGUAGCCACUGUCGACUGAACGCGUGCAGGGUAUAUGAAAACAGUCAUAGGGAUAUACCAGUGGAAGAACAAAAGCGCCUUUGACUGUGGGUCAUCGGGCGGACCUCUUACGGCUUCACGACACUUGCUGGGGUUGAGUGUCCUGUAUAAUGAGAAUGUGAAAUGAAUUAUGAUACCCUCUAUUUACUUGUCUGCUUUCGUAUGGUUGUGCUUAUGUGGGCUGCUGUCCGUAUAACAUUGCGUCCCUCUUUACUCCAAGUCACGAACCUCUCAAUUGUUUGAAUGUUUCCACACGACCAAACCCGCAAGCAUGCGAUUGAGCUCAUUAUAGCACACUCUAGAACUGGGAA